CUGGUUUAUGACUACUUUGCUAAGACACUUGUUGAAAACAAAGGUUAUGACAAGAGGAUUCUACAGCCGCUAAAGACCCAUAAAGACUUUUGUGUGAAAGGGCUGGUGUGGGAUAUACGCCAUGGUGAUUUUUUGAAGUUGUCUGAUGCAGGCGUCAUUUUAAGAGCAAGUCAUGGAUCAAGGUUGUUAUCUUAUGCAGAGAUUCAGCAGAAAUAUGGUGCAGAGAGACUAUGGCAACAUUUUCAUUGUCUAGAAGAAACACUCGAGCAGUGUGAGCUGUAUCGAUAUUAUGAGAACUAUUUUGAUAUGCCAUCGAUGGUAGUCGGGGCACAGUUGGUUGACUUAGAAGAAGAAAAGCCAGGAGGAUGGUCUGCUUCAUGGGAGCGAGUCACUAAUGACAUGUUGCAGGAGUUUAGAAAACUGUUCUCAAGUCAUUUAUAUCAAGAGAAGUUACCAGCCAUAUUAACAGAUUGCACAAAGCACCCAACUCAAUACGUCGAACGUUGCAGUCCACAUCUUAAGGAAUGGUUAAAGGGACUUCGUGGAGAGCGGAAGGUUGUGUUUCUUUUAACGAGCUCCCAAUCAGAUUUUGCGUCUGAUCUGACAGAGUACAUCUUAGGAGCUGAUUGGAAGGACUAUUUUGACAUCAAUUUGCAUUAUGCAAGGAAGCCGGGUUUCUUUAAAACCAAAGAUCCUUCAGAAAGACCAUUCUUUAAAUUUGAUGAUGUUGAGAAAACAGAGGAAGUUACAGAGCUUGAAACGGGACAAUGUUACAUUGAAGGCAACGCUAAAAAAUUCAAUGAGUACCUCCAAAAAGUCACUGGUAAACAACAACCAAAGGUACAUUACAAUUACCUGUAAUAGUAACAUAAGAGACAGUGAACACCAAUACACAAAAUUAAAUGAAUGUGUAUUGCACAUUAGUACAAUGGUUUACUCAUCUGAAGGCUGCUAUACAUACAAAAGCUGGCCCCAAAUGAUAUGACAUAGCUGCCUGAGCAAUUCAAAUUUAACCAGUAACUAGUGACUUAGUAAGUCUUCCUUUUUAGUAUCAAUGUUUGUUGAUGUUCUGAUGGGCUGUUUGUGCUUGGGGGUGUCAGGGUUCAGGGUUUGGGGUGUGAGACUGUAAUCGGAGGUGUUUUAUUCUUGCUACUGUUCUCUGGUUACAAUACACAUUUGUAAGGUUUUUAUAUUUACUGAUCAAGGUUGUCUUUACUCCUGUAUGUAUUCCAUGUAUACUGUCCUGUUCUGGAGCUUAAACCAACUUUUAGAAAUGGAAAUUUGUUCACUUUUAUCCUUUUUACGAGUGGACAAUAUAAAUAAAACUAUGCAAUCACCAGAUUAUUCCAAUAUAACUCACAAACAGCUCAUUCAAACACAACCUUAGUCUACCAUGAACAAAAUCCCCCCAAAACCAGACAAAGGAAGACAUCAGCUUUUAUUUCUUGGUUCUUUCACAUCUAUUCAGAUGUUGUUUUGAAAAUGAUGAAUACUAAGAAUUGGUUUCAUAACGAUAUCCUGUUGGCAUCAAUCAUACAUAUCGGAAACCACACCCAUUUCUACUGAUUGAGUUACCAUAUGGUGUUGGGUUUUGUUAGAGUAAUAAUAAUAAUAACUAGAA